CGGCGGCGGCGUCUGGCCCCAGCUCCUCCUCCUCCUCCUCCUCCUCCUCCAUCUCCUCGCUCCCUCCAUCUGCCAUGGUUAUGGCCCGUCGCCGGAGCACAAAAGAGUCCCCGCGAUGGAGGUCGGCGCUGCUCUGGCUCUUCUGCGCCGGGGUGUACGGAAAUGGUGCACUUGCAGAACAUUCUGAAAAUGUGCAUAUUUCAGGAGUGUCAACAGCUUGUGGAGAGACCCCAGAACAAAUUCGAGCACCAAGUGGAAUAAUCACAAGUCCAGGCUGGCCUUCUGAAUAUCCUGCCAAAAUCAACUGUAGCUGGCUCAUUAGGGCAAACCCAGGGGAAAUUAUUACUAUAAGUUUUCAGGACUUUGAUAUUCAAGGGUCUAGAAGAUGCAGUUUGGACUGGUUAACCAUAGAAACAUACAAAAAUAUUGAAAGUUACAGAGCAUGUGGUUCCACAAUUCCACCUCCAUAUAUCUCUUCACAAGACCAUGUUUGGAUCAGGUUCCAUUCGGAUGACAGCAUCUCUAGAAAAGGCUUCAGACUGGCAUAUUUUUCAGGGAAAUCUGAUGAGCCCAACUGUGCUUGUGAUCAGUUUCGUUGUGGUAAUGGGAAGUGUAUACCAGAAGCCUGGAAAUGUAACAACAUGGACGAAUGUGGAGAUAGCUCCGACGAAGACAUCUGUGCCAAGGAGGCCAAUCCUCCAACAGCUGCUUCUUUUCAGCCCUGCGCUUACAACCAGUUCCAGUGUCUGUCCCGGUUUACCAAAGUCUACACUUGUCUUCCUGAAUCUUUAAAAUGUGAUGGAAACAUUGACUGCCUUGACCUAGGGGAUGAGAUAGACUGUGAUGUGCCAACUUGUGGACAGUGGUUAAAGUACUUUUAUGGUACUUUUAAUUCACCCAACUAUCCAGACUUUUAUCCUCCUGGAAGCAAUUGUACCUGGUUAAUAGACACGGGUGACCGUCGCAAAGUCAUUUUACGCUUCACUGACUUUAAACUUGAUGGUACAGGUUAUGGUGACUAUGUGAAAAUCUAUGAUGGAUUAGAGGAGAAUCCACACAAGCUUUUACGUGUGUUGACAGCUUUUGAUUCUCAUGCUCCUCUUACAGUUGUUUCUUCUUCUGGACAGAUAAGAGUCCAUUUUUGUGCUGAUAAAGUGAAUGCUGCAAGAGGUUUUAAUGCUACCUAUCAAGUAGAUGGCUUCUGUUUGCCCUGGGAAAUACCCUGUGGAGGUAACUGGGGGUGUUACACUGAGCAGCAGCGAUGCGAUGGGUACUGGCAUUGCCCAAAUGGAAGGGAUGAAAUCAAUUGUACCAUGUGCCAAAAAGAGGAAUUUCCAUGUUCCCGAAAUGGUGUCUGUUACCCUCGUUCUGAUCGCUGCAACUACCAAAACCAUUGCCCAAAUGGCUCAGAUGAGAAAAACUGCUUUUUUUGUCAGCCAGGAAAUUUUCAUUGUAAAAAUAAUCGCUGUGUGUUUGAAAGUUGGGUGUGUGAUUCUCAAGAUGACUGUGGUGAUGGCAGUGAUGAGGAGAAUUGCCCAGUUAUUGUGCCUACCAGAGUCAUAACUGCAGCCGUCAUUGGAAGCCUUAUCUGUGGCCUGCUGCUCGUCAUCGCACUGGGAUGCACUUGUAAGCUUUACUCCCUGAGAAUGUUUGAACGAAGAUCAUUUGAGACCCAGUUGUCAAGAGUGGAGGCAGAACUCUUACGAAGAGAAGCUCCUCCUUCCUAUGGGCAGUUGAUCGCUCAAGGUUUAAUUCCACCUGUGGAAGAUUUUCCCGUUUGUUCCCCUAAUCAGGCUUCUGUUUUGGAAAACCUGCGGCUAGCUGUACGAUCUCAGCUUGGAUUUACUUCAAUCAGGCUUCCUAUGUCAGGCAGAUCGAGCAAUAUCUGGAAUCGUAUUUUUAAUUUCGCAAGAUCACGUCAUUCAGGGUCAUUGGCUUUGGUCUCAGCAGAUGGAGAUGAGGUUGUCCCUAGUCAGAAUGCCAGCAGAGAACCUGAAAGAAAUGCUCACAGAGGUUUGUUUUCCGUGGAGUCUGAUGACACAGACACAGAAAGUGAGAGACGAGAUACAGCAGGAGCUUCUGGUGGGAUUGCAGCACCUUUGCCCCAAAAAGUCCCUCCCACAACAGCAGUGGAGGCGAUCGUGGGAGCGGGUGGAAGUUCCUCAACUCACAGCACCCGAAGCAGUCACACGGAGAAUGGAAGAGAAGCGACCAGUGUGGAACCCCCAAGUGUGAGCCCAGCACGACACCAGCUUUCCAGUGCUUUAAGUCGUAUGACUCAGGGGCUACGUUGGGUGCGUUUUACAUUAGGGAGAUCGAGUGCCGCAAGUCAGAACCAGAGUCCUUUGAGACAACUUGAUAAUGGGGUAAAUGGAAGAGAAGAUGAUGAUGAUGUCGAAAUGCUAAUUCCGAUCUCUGAUGGAGCUUCAGACAUUGAUGUCAAUGACUGCUCCAGACCUCUUCUUGAUCUUGCCUCAGAUCAAGGACAAGGCUUUAGGCAACCACAGAGUGCAACAAACCCUGGAGUAAGGCCAAGUACCCACGAUGGCCCGUGUGAGCGCUGUGGUAUCGUCCAUACUGCCCAGAUACCAGACACGUGCUUAGAAGCAACACUGAAAAAUGAAACUAGUGAUGACGAGGCUUUGUUACUUUGUUAGGUCCUAACUACAUAAGGGAGAUUGUAUACAAGUUGGAGCAAUAUCCAUUCAUUGUUUUGUAAUGUUACAAUUAAACUAGUUUUAGUUUACAAAAAAAAAAAAAAGAUGCAGGGUGUUUUCUUAUUAUAUGUAAGCCUGCAUGGUUAAACAACUUCUAACUCUAUGAACUUAGAGUUUCUAUUUUAGCAGCUAAAACUGCAUUAUGUAUUCAUAUUGUUCAGUAAUGUUCUUCUAUUUGUUUUUGAUUGUUUUCAUCCUGGUACUGUAGUUCACAGUAGAAAUACAGCUGCUUAAACUCAUUUCACUGUCAUUUUAUCCAUCCUAUGUUAAAAAGAAUUUGUUUGUACAAACUGCCUUCUAAUUGAGUCUUCUAUGCUUUUGCCAAUACAUAAAUUAUUGCACUAGAUGUUAAGGUUAUGUACAAAAAGAAAACCCUUACACUCACCUUGUUUGAAUAACAUUUGUCUAUUACUGAAUUUCAUCAUAAUAUGCACUUAUCAAAGGGAAAAAAAUCUUCCUCAAGUUUUUUCUCUUACGUUUAACAUACAGUGAUAUGAAAUUUAGGUAGAGUUAGAUAAAUUAAUGGCAAAAAGAAAACCUUUUAUAGAGUUUCUAAUAUUGACUUUAAUACUCAAAUAUGGUACAAACCAAAUGGUAAAAUCCCAAGUCAUAUUUCUGUUUUCAUCUCUAUUUUGCAACAGAAUUAAAUGGAUGAAGAUAUUCUACUAUGCAUUAAAUCUUGAACUUUAUAAACUGUGUACAAAAAUGGUACGUGGUAAGUUCCAGCUGGUUGUGUCUUUCCCUAGUCCAGGGUUAUGCUUGUAUUGGGCCCUCGGGAUUUGCACUAAAAUCAUAACAAGGUCUCAGAUGAGUUUAGUGCACAAGCACUAUCACUUUAAAUAGUAUUCUUUGCUACCACAGUGACUAUAUAUUUCCAUAGCUUUCUGGAGGGGUGGGGACCAUUUUUAUUACAAUUUGAAAUUGCUUUGCUGGUUUCAUAUUUAUUUCUUGUAUUUAAAUUUUUCAUUAUUGUAAGAGUGAUUUUUUUCAGUAUAUUUUAUUCAUGGGGGUCAUGCUAUAAUCUGGAAGAAAAGCAAAUUUAAAAAUUCAGAUUGCCCCCUUUUUUAAGUAUAGUGAGUUGCAAAAACCCAGGUUUUUUUUAAUUGUUGAUUCCUAUUUAUUUAUUCUUUAGCUGUCUGUUUUAGUAGCUUAAUGAUUGAGUAUGAAAAAUGUAUCUGUGUGUGAUUAUUGCUAUUUAUUAAAUUUUAAAUACUUUGCUGAAUGUCAUUUUAAAGCAUGUUUGAGGUCUUGUGUAUUUGUCCUGUUAUGCUGUCAGGAAGAACUGACUAAAAUGUUUUAAUAUGUAUCAGAAAUUAAAAUGAUUUUUUUUAUUGCCUUGA